AUGUCAACCGGAGGCGGCUAUGCAGCGGCGGCCGGGACCGGCGGAGCUCGUCCUGCGCCAAUACUGGCGCAGAGUGAGUCAACAAGAGAGAAAAAGGAUCUCGCGGGCUGGUGGAAGAACUUCAAAAGAGGUGAUAAGAAGGUGCCCGAACAAGCACCCGUCCAAGGCAUAUUCGGUGUCCCACUGCAAGUCAGCAUACGGUACGCCAAUGUGGCCAUCAGUUUGUUCAACGAUGAAGGCCAAAGCUAUAUCUAUGGAUACGUGCCUAUUGUCGUUGCAAAGUGCGGAGUCUUCCUCAAGGAGAAGGCGACCGACGUCGAAGGCAUCUUCCGGUUGGCUGGAAGCGAGAAGCGCAUCAAGGAGUUGAGGACCGCAUUCGACAGCCCGGACCGCUAUGGAAAGGGUCUCGACUGGACGGGGUAUACAGUCCACGAUGCGGCCAACAUCCUACGAAGAUACUUCAACCAGCUUCCGGAACCCAUCAUUCCAUUGGAAUUCUACCAAAGGUUUCGCGACCCGCUCAAAAAUCACCCUGGACAAGCGAGCGGGACAGCAGCAUCGCAGCCGCUGAGCUCUGGCGCAUUUGACACCGACGCGGCCAUCAAGAUCUACCAAAAUCUCAUCACAGAGUUGCCGCCAUUGAACCGCCAACUACUGUUGUAUAUCCUGGAUCUGCUCGCUGUGUUUGCGAGCAAGUCUGACAUGAAUAAAAUGACGACGCAAAAUUUGGCGGCCAUUUUCCAGCCUGGAAUUUUGAAUCACCCACAACACGACAUGGCGCCUCAGGAGUACCGCUUGAGCCAAGAUAUCCUCAGCUUUCUUAUCAUCAACCAAGACAGCUUCCUUAUUGGCAUGCAAGGGACCGCCGCUGAUGCCGAGACUGUCCGUGAUGUGCAGAACGGCAGCCCGAGAUCGGGCGCUGCAUCGCCCGCUCCCAGUAGGGCAAAGACAGUCAUCGGUCGUUCUGGCUCUAAUUCUAGUGUAGCGGCAGACAGCGUGCGAAGAUUUGGCAGUAUCCGGCGUAAUCUGUCAGUGUCUAGUAAGCACAGCAAGCGGUCCGAGGGCACCUCAAAUCCUAUGACGCCAACUUCGCCAGUCAGUGCAGGGGGCGUUCAACGCAGCAAUACGGUGCCCUCUAGAAAGGGAGGCGGCGGUGCCGCGGGAUCUAGAUUCCAAAGGGAGCUGCCACCGCCUUCACCACUUCUGACCUCGAGUUCGACCGCGGACGAUGAUACUCCCACAAGUGCUUCACCGCCAGCACCAGUACGAGACAGCAUAUAUGGUUCGGUGCCCAACACAGCAAAUGCAGGCACUACUUCACAACGUCCUGCAGCAUUCACACCGGUCGAAGACGUACAGUCGUUCAAUGUCCCCUCGAAUGCACUCACUCCCACCGCUGCUCGGGAUUUUCAGACCCCUCAGAAGGAUGGCAGUCCCUCGAUAGCCCCUCAGGGUGGUAGUGGGGAGAAGUCCAGCGAGCGUUCGUUCUCCAACACAUCUUCUGUCACUCAUGGCCGUAAAUUCCUGGACAUUCUCAAGCAAUCUCCAAUUGGUGAGGCUGACGCACGCAGGCCUAAUAAGCUUCAGAAGAAACGCAUGCCUGGCGCGUCACUGUCUAGCGCGCAGUCCUCCAGCCAAUCACUCCAGGACAACCUUUCAGAAGCCGCUCCCAGAUCACCCCUUUCGCCACGCCUCGCGCCAGGAAUUCACAACGAUGUAGUGGCAGAGAUGCCUGGGGAGCAGUCCGAGUACACAACUCCGUUGGCCACACCUCUUGCUACCGUACCUCCGAGUCGAUUGAACGAGACGGCGGCCAAAGUCAACAGCACGUCUCCGGCAAACUCGUUCCACUCGCAGACAGAUGACACGUCAGAUGCCGAUCUUGUCGGGGAUGACAUGCCUUCGAAUGAUGACGAGUCUGCUGCCCGGGAUAAGAAGCGCAGCCGGUGGAGGUUCUCGCGCUCUAGCAACAGACUCGCUUCGCCCUCCAUGCCAGGCAGCGCUCUUGGAGCGCUGACCAGCCGAGACAAUGCCACAUCGCGGUCCACGAUCGGCAGCACGGUGGGCAGCAGUGUCACUUCUCAGCCGCGUCGAAGUUUCCAAGACCAGCGUGCGUCCAUGGCCCUGCCAUCAACAGAGACGUCGACAAAUGCAACAUCGAUCACUACAACAGGAUCCACAUCGUCGGACGCGACCGCUGGUGGCAAGUCUGCAGCAGCCGCGCAGCAGCAGCAGCAGAACAACGACUCCGCCGUAUUCUCUGACUCCGAGCGCGAGCGGAAGACUGCUGGACCUAUGUCGUGGAUACGUGGCAAAAUCCAGGAGCGCAAAGACAAGGACGCGGAGAAGCGUUCGCGCACACCAGACCGCGUUGGGUCGUCCACAAGUCAGAUCUUUCAGCACGAGCGUUCUAAGAGCAGACCAGAUCUGCAAGCUUCGCAACAGCAUCUGCCGGAAGUGUCGAAUGCCGAUGCCUCUGUCACGGACCAUCGCUUGAGUGAACAGAAUGCAGCCCAGCGAAGCAUAUCAAACCCGAAGGCGCAAUACGUGACCGAUGCAGCGCAGAGCACUCCUCCUCAACCGAUUGUUGCAAGCACUUGGAUGGCGCCAGCACCGUUGAUUUCACCGACAGCCUUCUCGUCCGUUCCGGGAACGGCACCAUCAACAUCGACUGGAGCUGCGCCUACAAUAACCAACUCCGCAUCUGCUGGGCAAACCACAUGGAUGCCAGUAUCAAAUCCAUUGCAACAGAUUCCAGAAGUGGCCAUUGCUCCACCCACCGCUGAGCACACUGCUGGCACUGCGCCAGAAGACAUCACAGCGAAGAACGCCAGCGUACAAUAA